AUGUCUCAGGAGAAUGGUAUAUACGACGGAGACAUUUCUAUGCCUCAUGUUCAAGAGCUCUCGACCGAGUCUUUGGCCCAGCAACAAUCGACAAGAAAUAGCACCAAUCCCAUCUCGGCAUCUCGGCCGGAAUUCGCACCGCUUUUACCCGCUGAUGUGCAUCGGGAUCACCUGCUUUCGUCAAAGCCAGCAUCUCGAGAGAAGCAGCAAGAGACGUCCUCUGCGCCACAUAGAGGUCCAACACGACGCAUUCUGUCGUCACUCUGGAACUGGGUAUGGCUCAUGGAGUCUCUCGCCAUUCUAGCCUCAAUUGUGAUGGUUAUAUCUAUCGGAUUCGUCCUCAACAACUAUCACAAAAAGCCAGCUCCCCAGUUCUUCGACCUCAACAUCACCACAUUGGUUGCCAUCAUUGCAACGCUGAUGCGCGCAGCGUUAGUCUACGUCGUGGUACAGGUCCUCGGGCAAGUCAGGUGGUCCUGGUUUUCUUCACCCAAGCCAUUGUACGACCUUCAUCACUUUGAUCAGGGAGGCCAGAGCCUACUUGGCUCCUGUCAGCUUGCUGUUCACAUGGUUCGUACCGGCUUGCGAUACCAGGAUGGCAUCGUCAUAAUGAUUGCUGCAGUUACUUUGGUAGUCAGCUUUGCCACCACUCCUGCUGUCCAGCAGGCUGUCAAGACGUUUCCCUGCCCGACACUUGAUCCAUCUAGGAUAGCGACUAUGCCGAUCGCGCACACCAUGGGAAUUUGCAGCGUUUGCACCGACAUCUCUGACCAGGCCAGAGUGGAGGACGCCCCAAAUAACUCGACAUCUUCAGGGGCUGCCAACAAAAACAUCAGCAUCGUGACUGAGGGGUACAAAACAUGGAUCAACACACGAAAUAUAACAAAUCUAAACAGGAUACAGCCCUCUCCAAUCGGACUCAGUGUCGCAGUCUUUAAUUGGGACAACCCUAGGCAAUGGUCGUGGGACUGGCCCUUUGAAGUCGGUUCCAUUUUCACGCUUGAAGUUUUGGCGUUUUCCGAUAGUCGCUGCAGCCAAACAAAGGGCGAUGCAAAACGUUGUCCUAGCAAUAUUUUGGUGGACGACGUCAUACAAGGUCAAACAGCCAAUACAACUACAGACCUUGUCGCAGUAUCCUGCAAGAUAUACCCGUGUCUUCGCACCUACGAAGCCCGGGUACAAUUUGGAGUUCUCACAGAAACGCUUCUGUCGACAGUUCCCGCAAACUUGUUCAGCAGACCAAACCACGUACAAAAAGCGGGAUCAACAGUGGGAUUAAGUACCAGCUAUGUUGUUCUACGAAGCCCAUGCAUUUCGUCCAGCGGCCGUAUUUACACCAAUGCCAACAUCAGCAAGUAUUCCCCGGAGCCGAAUGAGAAAUACGUCAACGUAUCAGUCUGGAACGGUAAAGAAGAAGACUGGCGUACCUCCGAAACCCCGAUGAAGAUUCCAACCAGUUGCAGCUAUCAUUUGAACGAUGAAUACAUGGAGCAGGUGAAAAGCUUCAUAUUCAGCAGCAUUAUGAAAGUUGGAGGUCGUUGCACACUUGGCGAAUUGGAGGUAAAAACCAGAUCCGAAAAUGUGACCUGCGACAGCUGGUGGCUCGCCUCGCUCUACAAUUCUCGAAACGCAACAAACGAGACUGUGUCACGGGCAAUGGAUGCCUGGACUAGGGCAGUAUCAGAUCAGUUCCGAGUGAUAAAAAAUUGGCCAGACGAGGAAUGGUCCGAAGAGAUUUUACCGAACAACAUCACUGGAGCAGCGAUGCGCACGACGGUCUGCCUAUCAUUGGCUUGGGAAUGGCUUCUGCUCCCUGCUGGGCUGAUUGGCGUUACCAUGGCGCUUUUGGUAGUUACGAUCCUAGAAAGCCAUCGCCACGCAGACUCGCAGCCGAUUUGGAAAGGCAGCGCUUUACCACUCGUAAUGUACGGGCUCGGUGAUGCGAGCAUGCAGGAAAGGGACUGGGUUCCUGAUGCGGAUCGCCGCGACCAGGACGUCGGUGUUGAAACCGAGUCCAAGUCAGUCGUUCCUCUUCGUGUCGUGGAGGAAACUGCAAAGGAUAUCGAAGUGAGGUUCAAUGGGACACGAUCUCGGUUUGAGGUGGUGACAGACAAGACUCAAGUCUGA